GCGCCGGGCCCCGCCCCCAGCCGCCCGCCAACGGUCGCGGCGCGAGGCGGGCCGUUAGCGGCCGUUACCGCCCCGCUGACGCGGCUCGGCGCGGCUCCCUCAGCGCCAGGACGGCAUGUUCGUCCCGUGCGAGGGCGGCGGCCCCGACCUCCAGGGCUUUACGCUGCUCAUGCCAGCAGUGUCAGUGGGAAAUGUUGGUCAACUGGCAAUAGAUCUGGUGAUUUCCACGCUUCGCAUGACUAAAAUUGGUUACUUCUACACGGACUGCCUGGUGCCAAUGGUUGGGAACAAUCCGUAUGCAACAUCAAAUGAAAAUUCGGUGGAGCUGAGUAUAAAUGCUGAAGUGUAUUCAUUACCUUCGAAGAAACUUGUAGUUCUGCAAAUCAGAUCUCCUUUCAUAAAGAACAAAUACAGGCCGUUCUGCCAAGCGCUGCUUUCUUGGGUGGAAAGCAGCAAAUGUGCCAGAGUCAUUCUUCUGUCCAGCAGCCACGCGUACCAGCGCGAUGAUGAGCAACUUCUUGGAACACCACUGCGCUACCUGCUUACGCCAGCUCUUGAGAAAGCAGUUGGAGGCCAUAUGCAGGAGCUAAAGUGGAAAGAAAUGGAAAAAAUAGCAGCUUACCCUGGAAUAAAUGAUGCGGAAAAAGUUCUGCAUGUUCCUGGAGGUGGCAUCACAAAAUUACUGUUUACUGAGAGUUGUUCAAAAGGAAUCCAAAUGGCAGUUCUUCUGAAAUUCUGCUCGGAAGGGGACAAUAUCCCUGAUGCAUUUGCUCUUGUUAACUAUCUUAAUGAAUGGCUCCAGCUAAUUAAAAGCAAAGGAAGCUAUUCCACAGAUAUUUCUCCAGAACAGGAAAUACCAGAUACUUCUUCACAAUGGAAAAUACCCAGUUCUUGGCGCUUACUUUUUGGCAACGGUCUUCCACCUGCACUCUUCUGAUCCAUUUUGAGUUCUUCUCCAGCAGCCUCCUCGCUUCUUUCUGCACCCGGGUUUCACAGCAGCCAAGAACCACGGCCGCGCACAGAGCCAGCAGACGGGAGGCGCCUGCAGGAACCCCCUGAGCCAGCCCUCAACAAAAGCCACCCGACACGGCCCCGCUUUCGGGACCACUCGCUCUUUGCCCCCUGUGCAUGCUCCUGAAGCUAAGCCUAAAACCAAACGCAGGCAGCUCAGCUGAGGGAAGCCAUCUGAGAAACUUCAAGAACAUUUUGAGAACAGAGUCCACCGUGGAGAAGGGCCAAGGUACAUUCAGCGGUCAGCGCACCACGCAGUAAGACAAAUGAGUUGUGCAGUUGAUAGCUAUCUGAGAGAGCAGUGGGUUAUGAUGAAGCACACAUGCAUGUUCCCACUAGUCGUACACAUUAUGCUCACUUGCAAUCCAAAGAUAGCAAAAAUAAUGAAAACAUAAAUCUUAAGCUUAAAUUGAAAGCCCUGAAUUGCUGAAAGCUGUAUCCAAAGAUGUGUCAAGUGAUAAGGACAGGCCCCAUGCCUGUAUUCAGCAGCGCUGGGGUUUACACUGCAGUGGCUUUGGCCAGACCUUGACCUUUCAUUGUAGGUACUCCUGAUCUGACAGCCACAGCAACUUGAAAAUGAAAGCUUAAUCAAAUUGGGAUAGUGUUUUCUCCUCCAACACGGACUCUGAACUAUGCUAAUCACUUAAAUUAAGGUAUUCAGACAAAAGAGACUUGAUUCAGACCAUUUCACAAUGGUGCCAAGGCUUUUAGCUUAAAUAACAGCAUAAAAGUACCCACGCCCCUUUCAGCUUCACAUUGAAGAUAAACACAACUCUGAACACACCUGCUUUCACGUAUCAGCCUCAAAACCAAGUUUUGUUACGAUUUCAGGUUACACCUUGUAGCAGAAAUACUGUCCCCAAUGCCCACGUGUUCCAUGUGUUUUUCUCCUCCCUAUUUUCUGUGGCUUUAUGGUUUGUCCAAAAAUCCUGUUACAAAAAUAUGCAAAGUACAAAUUACAUAUAAAACCUCGCCACGCACUAGUUUAGACAUUCAUAUGUAAUAACAUGCAGCUUUUCAGUGAACUAUGAGGACUCGAGUGAGCACUGAAGUUAACCCUGUUACGGAAGGUACAGGGCUCAAAAGGCUGUUGGGGCCAUUACACUGACUCCUCCAGCCAGCAAUCUGUUCACCCCUCUCCCAAUGGUGCUGUUCAGAACGUGAGGGAGAGCACCGACAGACUGGGGAUGUGAAGCAAAACAUUACACAUACAACACACCGAUGGCACAAUCCAAAACCCAUUUAAUUAAAGACUCCAUUGACUGUGUGCUUUGCACCUUGCCCUCAGCACCAUUAAUUGGGUAUGCCGGGGGUAGCGAGGCUCCAGGCUUCCCAGCUUCCCUUCCACUAAAGGACGAACAACAAAACGCUUUCCCUCCCAGAGUUAUUCUGAACAUUUUGUGUAUAUUUUAUAGCAAACAUCAGGAUUACCAAAUCAACUGGUCAGAUUAAUAAAACAAUAUUCUUAGUGGUGUAUUACAAAAGAAAUGUGCAAGUGCUCCUCCCAGCUGAAACUACAACAGUUAGCAUUGGAAUAAUUAAAAAUAUUUGCAUAAAGCCCAUUCUAAUCAGAAUAUAAUCAGAAUAUUUCACAAUUUUCCAGUUAAGACAGGGUAUCAGAAAACCUUAAGGUGAAACAUUUCUGCUUGCUCAAAACAGGCUUUUAACAGUUUCUUCCUAACAUAAUGCGCACACAACAGCAUGUUGUCGAUUUAAAAAAAUAUUUAAUGCUGCCAAAAACGUAUAAAAAUACAAUAAGUAUGGCAGUACAAAACAAAAUAUUUCCUAAUUUAUUUCUUUUACAUCUUUCUACAUUAAUACAGGCAUUAUAAAAACACAAGACAGCAAAUUAUUUUGUUUUGCAAAGUAGCAUGCUGGUGGUGUUCUUCAUCCCCUCGCUGUAGUUUACGCUGUAAACAGAUAACUGAGGUCUUCUUGGAACUUAACAGACCUCACUUUUGUUCCCGAAGAGGGGCUCAUGUCUCGCUUUGCAUGUCAAUAAUUUGCAGUUUAUAGCUGCAGAAUAUUCACAAGUCGCGAAGGCUUAGGUGUCAGUCAGUCUCGGCCUACGACAUACAACGCAAAAGAAAGUCACGGAUUCAGUACACAGUACGAGGAAAAAGAAAUAAGAAGAGACAACGGGUCGGCAGCUCACUAUAAAACACCAAACAGCUUCUCAUGCACUCAACUGAUUACUCUUUGUCUGUGGCAAGCACUCUUGGAAAGCCGUCGCCUUUCCAGAAGGGGUUUCCACAUUGCAGCGUACAGCACGCACUUGCUGGAGAGCUUCCAGUAUAGGUCAGUCCAGCAAGCCACUUACUCAUGCGUUCGACCACAAACACUGAGGAGUCUUCUUUGACCUUAGUGGGACUACGGAAGGCCGCAUCUCAACAGACUAUCAUCACCUGUCACAGCUUUGUAGGCCGCUCCCGGCACAGAGGCAUGGAAAUCAGUUUCUAGGCAAAGUUUGCCCGUACUGAGGAAGACGUUCCGACAUUAGACAUUUGGUUCUUAACAAAGGUAGGGCUAUGCGCCGAGGAACACACAAAAACCGUGGUAUUUACAGCACUAAAGCACCCUGAGUGCGACAGGUAAAAUGCUUCUAAGCUCUGCAAACACUGCAUUGAUUUAUACGGCAGGUUUCUUUGUUAAUUUAGAACACAGUAGAAUUUUCUCCCAAGUAUUUAUCCAAUUUAAAUAAAGACUCAGACAGAGGUAC